AUGUGUAAACAAGUCAGUGUUGCCAGCAGCCGAGUGACGCCUGGCAACACUGUUAACACCACAGGAAGGAGUCAGUCAUUAUAGGAGGAAGACUUCACUAUGUUCACCUUACAGUGUGAUAUAAAGAUAACUAAAAGUCUCCAGUGGUUACGUGGGAAACGAGAACUGUGUGACAUUGUUGUCAUGGGCAGUGAUGGUCAGCAGACUGCAGCACACAGCUGUGUACUUGCUGCUCACUCUACAGUUAUAGCUUCUGUUCUUCAAGGACGGUUGGCAGAACAGCGCGAUUGGUCUGUCUUAAGGCCUCUUAUUAUUUCCAUAGAUGAUGUACCCUUGAAGUCUUCCUCAACACAACAGGAUGGCACUGCUGAAGCAAAUAUGAUGGAGGCACUGAUAGGCCUUUUGUAUGGGGAAACUAUUAGUGUUUCAUCCUUGCAUCUUGCUUCGCUCAACCAGUAUGCUCAAAUGCUUGGCCUCUCACAUCAAAUAUGUGCAUGUUUGGAGAUGAACAAAGAACAAAAUGUACCGGUAGUUCAGUUGUUAGAAAAUGAUGGUGGUGACGGUAAAAGCUACGCUCGGAAAAAACACCGCAGGAAGCCAGUCUUGACAAAAAGUUUUGAGCAAAGGGAAGAAGUAGGUGAAGCUAAGCAGGCAGAGCAAGUUAAUGAAGGGAGUUUAGUGAUUGAAACAAUACCUGAUCAAAUAUCAGAACCUUUACAAAGUAAACAGUCAGGUGAUUAUCCCUUGCUUGAUUCCUUAGGAGUUAAAGUUGAGUGUGAUAAUGGUAUAUUGGAGUUAUCGAUGUUGUGCAGUGAUGUUCAUGACAUGGGCGCUUCUGCAAACAGUAACUGGACUUCUGCUCAUUGUAGAGAAGAACACGUGAGUUAUGAGCAGCCACUAAACUCACAGAUUCAGGAAGCUAAUGUAAAUGUAUCUAACUGUGAGAAUCCUCCAUCUUUGGGAGCAGUGACAGACCUCACCACAGAGGCCACUGUGGAACAACCAAAUAUCAAAAUGCAAGUAAGCGGUCAUACUGAAACUGAAAGUGAUGGAAAUAUUCAUAGUGCAAAUGACUGUACAGGUGAUAUUUUAAGCCUAGUCGUAAAUACAGAAGAAGAAGAAGGUGUUUACUGUAGAGAGGCUCUGUCUCAGCACCAGAAGAAACAACAGAAACACAAGUCUAUGGGAAAAGGGUUGGUAUGUACAGUGUGUAGCUGUUCCUUCCAGCGGUGUGGUGACCUGGUGAAGCAUGUGCAGAAUGCUCAACACUUUACACACAAAUGUCCUCUUUGCUUUGUCCAGGUUCGAGAACUGGAGGGACAGCGACUUCAUUUUGCUCUUCAUGAUCAGGAACUGCCAUUCUUUUGUAUGUACUGUGAUCUAAGAUUCCGAACUCGUGCCGCCCUGACAAUGCAUGCACCAAAGCACUCUACAACUAAACCGUUUGUGUGUAAUGAAUGUGGGAGAGGAUUCAAAUGGCGCCAUGCACUUCAGGCUCACUCUUACACCCACAGUCCCACCAGUCGCCUGCUGUGUGAUAUAUGUGGCUUUUCCUCUAAGUAUAUAAGUAGCUUUAAGGCUCACUUGAUGCAGCAUUCUGGUCGAGCGUUCCCCUGUCCUCACCCAGGAUGUGCCUUUACCUCCAGCCGCAAAACUCAUCUUAAUGAUCAUCUUGCGACCCACUCAAAGACAAGGGUCCAUCAAUGUGAAGUGUGUGGCCACUCCUUCUCCCAUGCCAAGAAUAUGCGACGUCAUAUGCGUCUUCAUGCUCCUGCCUCUAAUCUUCUUACGUGCACAGUAAUAUCCAAAUUGCAGUGUAACUUCAGGACCACUCGACCAGACAAGCUCCGUGAUCACCUUUCUAAGAAACACAAUCUAAAUCGUCAUACUGUUUCUUCAGAUCCAUUAGCAAAGCUACUCAGUACAUCUACAUCACCUGUAACAAAUGAAGAUGGCAAUUUAGCUCACAAUUCAUCUUUGGAUGUAUUGCAGAGUCUUGAUGGCAUAAAAUCAACAAGUGAAGCAGAUUUUACAUCCAUAAUGCAAGAAUCAAAUGCAGAUAUGCCAGAUUUGGACAAAAUUGAGCAAAAAACAGGAAAACUAGAUAGCGUGACAAGUGUAGUUGUUAAGAAUAAAAGACAUUUUCAGUCCUCCGGUCAAGUUGAUGACUCCCAACUUAGAGGGCACACAGAUGUUCCUUGUGAACAAGAAACUUUCUCAGUACUUGUUUCAUCACCAGAACGUCCAUCUAGGGCGCCCCGGUUGAUGUUCUGGAAUGCGCUCCAUUUCGCGGCAUUGUUUGAAUGCCCAGCUCGGGUUAUCAUGUUCCAGCGUGACUAUUUGCCUCUCACACCACACGCUCGGCCCAGGGAAGCUUCCUGAAUAUCCAAUUGUGGCUCUUGGAUCACUCAACGACUGCCCCGGAUGCAGUAGAUACCCAGCAGGGAUCAAUACAUGAAACGAUGGCACCGAUUCGGCAUGAUUAAUCUGCUCCACUGCCUCGUGGAGCCAGACCCCAGACUCGCCAUGUGUCUGGCUACCACCGACCACAGCAACGGUCGUGAGCCCCAGUGUUCUACCCUGGGACGCUCCCUGGAAGUUAUAUGUCCACAGAGUGUGUUGUAAUAUGUAUGUUUGGGGGAUAAUUAGCAGGGAAUAAUUAUCCCAUGUUGGGUAGUGGACCCAUGUAUUUGCUGGUUUCAGUAUUAACGUGUAUGUUGUGAGUGCAUCUCAUAUGCACUACCGACAGUCAGUAAGUUGUGUAAAAUACCUUGUAAUGUGUGAGGAGUAAAGUUGUCCACUUGGGACUAGGAGUAAAGUCUUGUAACUGUAAUGAGAUGUACCACUAGAAGAUGUGGGUGAAGUAGAAGUACCUACUUGGAGUGGCAGUAAAGUAAUCUACAAGGAGUGCCAUGUACUAUGUAUUGUGAGUAGGGCCAAGGAACUGGUCCUGCUAGGUAAUAUAAUGUAACACCAGUAAGGUUGUGUGCAGUAAGAGUGUAGGAUCUAAGUAAUUGCUGUUGAGUAGAAAUAAGAAAAUAGUGAGUCUGAAAUAAGCCCAGGAGUUGAGCCUGGUAGUUGUAUGUUAAUAAUAUCUCUUUUUCCCUUGAUUUCAUAUUAAUAAACUUGUUCUUAGAGUA